AUGGCUCCUCCAAUGUUAACCAGAAGAGCGGCUGCAUUGGAAGAGCAAUUGAAACUAAAGAAUGCCCUCCGUGAACUCAAGUCACUCAAACAAGUAAAUGCUGACUUGGUGAGGGAACAAGAUGACAGUGAAGUUGAACUGAGAGCAAUUAUAGCCAAGAACUCCCAACUGAAAGGUGAACUAGCAGAGUUAAACAGUGCACACAAUCUGGUCAUAGAGGAACGCGACCAACUCCAGAAGGCAGUCAGCUCAUUUGAACAAUGCAUAUCAACCUAUGAAGAAGCUCUAGGGAAAAUUUCUAUGUUGGAGGGAGAAUUAAGUAGGGCAUGUUCAACAAUCAAUGACCUUCAAUCACAAUUACACAGUGCUGAAAUACUAUCAACAAAUAAUCUGUACGAUGAACUUGUUGCUUCAUCCUCAACAAUGCCAAUGUAUAUUGGAUUUGAUCCAGUACUCGAAGCCUAUCCGUAG